AUGGUUCCGAAGGAUGAACCAGAUAUGGACAGUUCCAACAAGAUUUCAUUCUUGAACAAAAAUCCAUUUUUUGAUUUAUUUCAUCUAUUCCAUGACCGGAACAGGGGAGGAUACACGUUACACCACGAUUUUGAAUCAGAAGAGAGAUUUCAAGAACUGGCAGAUUUAUUCACUUUAUCAAUAACCGAGCCGGAUCUGGUGUAUCAUAAGAGAUUUGCCUUUUCUAUUGAUUCCUAUGGAUUGGAUCCAAAACAAUUCUUGAAUGGGGUAUUCAACUCCAGGUAUGAAUGA